CCCUGAUGACGCGUCCAAGAUGGCCGACAGGCCCCUGAGCUGUAACUUCCGCUGCCCGACUGUUCGUGACGAUGGAGACCUGAUGGAUGAAAGGAGACUGACUGGGGGCGCCCUCCAUCCAUCACAUGGGGUCAUGCUGCUGUGCGGGGAUGACGUGUUUAUGUGCUUAAAAGAUCUAAACUGAAUCAUGCAACACAUGAACAGUGAACUCUAGCCUGAACCUGAAGAAAGGCUCUUUACUUGAAAAUGUUGGAGGAGCAGCUGGAAAACAACAAGGUUCAAGACAAGCGGACGGAGGACGAAAUGAACAAAGUCCGAUGCCAACGGGACAGAAUGUUGAUGGACCAGUUCAUCAGAAUCCAGAUGUAACUUAAUAACACCACGAAUGCAAUGUGAUGAUGUCAAACUUACAUCAGUCUUCUGGGCGUGAAGAGAAGCAGCAGCAUAAAGGACGGAGACGGAGACACAGCAGGCACAUCUUCCUGAGAGACGUCACUGACCUCCAUCCUCAGAGCUCCAUCUCCCUGCUGCUCCACCCGACCUCCACAAGAGUCUCUCCACCUGCUGCUGCCUCUUCUCCACCAUGAAGACAGGUGCUCUGCUCCUCCUGCUGGCAGUUGCUGCCAGCCAGGUGGACGUCUCCAUGUCCCAAAAAGAAACAUUUAAUAUCUCUGGUGGAGUGGUGGACAUCAGCUCGUGUCCCAUCACCUUCUAUGGACGCUCGUUCUCAUGGAUGGACGUGAGGUUCAAUGAUUCUUUGGUGGUUUGUUUCAUGGACGACCCCAACGAUCCACCUCAAGACUGUGUGACGCUGAAUCAAACGUUCGGAUCAAACAAGGUUAAAGUGAGGACGGAAGAUGCCAUUAAUUCGAAUAGUAAUGUAAAGGUAUCGAAUCUACCCAACAUACAAGGAACAUCAAAAUGCUUUUUGGUUCUUGAAUUCCAAAAAGAUUCCAUGUAUUCCAUGGAUUCCAUCGAUUACCUCGAUGGAGUCGAUUUCAUCAAUUACUACUUAUUUCCCAAUGAGUUGAUUGUUUACUUCUAUAACUUUGGACCGCAAACAGCUUUGAUCCUUCUGCCAUUUUCUCCAACUGACUCUGACUCAUUGCUGACUGCGAAGGUCGGGAACCUGACUGUGGAUUCAUGGACCCUUAAGACCCAACAACUGAUUCAAUAUUUUGCCUUUGAUGUGAGCUCCUGCAGAGACUCGGGUGUCCCUAUACGAUACGGUGAGAGUUCAUCAGACCCAGAGAACUGUUCCAGUAGAACCUGCAAUACGUCUGCAGUCCUCAGUACCAUCAGUUCAUGUGAACCUGGAGAGGUUUGCCUCGGAAACAACACGUGUCGACCCCCCCCCCCCUCUGUGUGCACCGUGACUGGCUCCACCCUCAUCGACUUCCACGGCGAGGUCCACUCGCUGGAGGAUCGCUGUGAAUACGCUCUGAUGAAGCCUGGAGGAGGACCUGGUGUGGUUCUCAUCGGGGGGUUCCGUGAGCGACGCCGUACAGAUGUGUCCUUCUUGGACUACUUGACAAUAAGUCAGACAGCUGGAGACAUUCAUCUGGAACAAGGUGGAAGAGUGCGGGUUGGUGACCAGAUCCUGGAUCUCAACACUACGACUCAGCGGUUCUACGGCGUGGAGCUCUCCAAGGACCAGACUGGAGUGACGGCCAAGCUGUCUGCCCCCAACAUGACGGUUGUGUUUGAUGGCAACACGGCACACGUGUCAGGACCAAUGGUUUCCUUAGAGGGUUUGUGUGGUAACCCCACUAAUAAAAGCUGGACCACCACCUUGAGUGCUGAUCGGAUCCCAUCGGCUGGCUGUGACACUCUGCACACCGACACCGUCGACAGUUCCAUCACCUGCAGCCGCUCAGCUGACCGCUGUGAGCUCCUGAAUCAGCCCCCCUUCGAUGCUUGUCACCAACACAUCGACACGGACGCCUACGUGGCCGCCUGCAACAACACUUUGUGCGUCUACCCGGCGGUGGAUGGUCUCCACUGCCAGUUUCUGGAGGCCUACGCCGAGUCCUGCAGCCUGAAGGACGUCCCACUGGGGGACUGGAGGACAACGGUCCAAUGCCCUGCUGUCCCUCAGGUCUCCUGUCUGGACCAGUACUGCAGUGAGCACGAGUUCUGUGGAGAUCGCCUCGGUGAAGCCAGCUGCUUCUGUCGGGCCUUGUUUGCCUCCAAGUUCAACCCGACCAACGCUUUAGGCGAGCCGACAGUCUGCACGCAGAACUCUGCCACUGUGACUCUGGCUGAAUGUCUGCUGCAGGACCGACUCAUCAACUCCUCCGUCCUCCACCUCAAUGACCCCAACUGCAAAGGUCACUUGGACCCACAAACCCACAUGGUGGAGUUCAGCUUCGACACCAGCAACACCUGUGGGGGUGAGGUUUCGAUGAACAACAGCCAAAUCCUCUACAAGAACACCAUCAUGACGAGGAACGGCUCUCAGAACGGCGUCAUCACCCGAAAAGACCAAGUACAGAUCGACUUCUCCUGCUUCUACACAAAGCCAGACGUCCAGAGCCUGUCCUUCAUCAUCAAAGACAGCUCUGUGGUACUGCAGGUCGUAUCCGGACCUUGGAACUACACCCUGACGAUGGCCGCCUACACCGACGGAGGACUCCAGAACCUCGUGGAGUCGAGCACCGAGCUCCAGCUGAACCAGAAGGUGUGGCUGCAGCUGAAGGCGGACGGGCUGGACGGCGACGCUGUUGCCAUGGUGACCGACUCCUGCUGGGCCACCACCCAGCCGUCCACCGACAGCAGCCCGCGAUACGACCUCGUCAUCGCCGGAUGCCCCAACAAAGCCGACCAGACGGUGACGGUGGAGGGAAACGGACUGGAAACCUCCAACGUCUUCUCCUUCAACGUGUUCCAGUUCUCUGGAGAAACAUCUGCCAUCUACCUGCACUGCAAAGUGGAGCUGUGCCCCAAAGAGGGAACAACCUGUGCUCCGACCUGCCCUGCAAGCAGUAAAAGGAGGCGCAGGUCUUCCAGGUCCAACACUGCAGCCCUCAUCACUAUGGCCUGGAGUAAUUAAAGACCGCUCCCUUCUGACCUUUGACCUGCUGAUUCCUGACAGAAGCUCCAUCAACCAGCCUCAAACCUCACGGCUCUUCAACAGAUGUUUGAAGAUAUUGCUGCCUUGGUCACCUGGGACGAUGCUUUCAUUCAUUCUUUAUAUAUCCAAUGAUUCUUGCUAAUUAUUACGAGAUUUAGAAAUGAAACAUAAUCUCUGGUGAAAUAAAUGAUAGAAAAAUAGAAUGAAAAACCAAUCAAAGAGGGUUUUAAGGGUCUGGUGCUUUAAAUACAUAUUAAUUCACUUCUUUAAACAGCCUGAAUGAACCUGGUGGAAGCAGCAACAGAAUCUGCUGACAUGGAAGUUACUCUGAGUGAAGGUUGUCAGUGCAAACUGUGACUGUUAUUACACAAGGACGUGCUGUUGUUUAUUAUGUUAUUACUAAGAGCAAAGAAAACACCAAAAAUAUAAUAAAGGGAGUGGGAAAAACAA